CACAAUCGGUGACCUUGACAUGAUCGAUGGCAAUCCACUGCCAUUGCUUUCACUGGUCUGUUGACGGCUUCCACCGCAUCGAGCGUGCGGUCGGUGCUAUUACCGCUGUGCUCGAUCCACACAUUCGCGCGGCUUUGUGUGCACGCGUGUGUUUAGACAUCACAUCCAAGGACAAACCGAACGUUGCACCUACCGUCCGCAGUCAGUAAUAACUUCGCUCGGUCUGCCUGACUAGCUUCCGUCAAUCAAAGCUGUUGACUGGAUACUCCUAACUUUUUGUAAAUUACUGUGAACAUCGAUCAGACACAACAUGGCAGCCUCCGUCUGGAAACUGUUCUGUACGCUGUUCCUUGUAUCCUCCAGCAAUGCCCUUGACUGUUAUGAAUGUCAUUCGAACGUGGAUCAAGGAUGUUUUUCUCUAAACCCAGAAAAGAUUAGUCCAACACCUUGCCCUGCAAGUUCCAAGUCGUGCACAAAGGUUGUUCAGAAAGCUCCUUUCAGAAGUGAUUCAGCCAACAACGUGACCAGCGAUGAGCGAGUUUCACGGUUUUGCAGCCCCGUGACCGUGGAGAGUUUUGGAAGUAGCUGUGUGGAACGUGUUGGUACAAACAAAGUUAACCUUCGUAUGUGCGUCUGCAAUGGAGACUUAUGUAAUCCGGCACCGCCAAUUCAACAGUCAACGUUCCUGAUCCUGUCGCUAUUGGUUAGCUUAUCACUUCUGACCGUCGGUAGACUGCUAUGAGGGAACAAGAGGUGGACGUGCAGGAUGUACACUUGCGUAACAGAAACUCCAGUAGAUGAAACUAAAUGAUUCGUUCUUUUUCGGUAUCUACCACAGUUCAUAGGUUUUCUGUCUUCUUCACCUUUGUAGCAUGUAAACAUCAGAGAGCGACAGAACGAAAUUUUCUUGUCAUCACAAUCUGACGCACAUUCAACAUAGACGAGUCAACGCUUCAAUUUGUUUUUGAAUAGUGUUCAAAAUUGAAUCUGUCCGUGUCGUUUUUUUGAAAUCUUAUUUUGAACUUCAGAUACAGCAUUGUCUGUGUAGUCAGCGGAUCGUCUUUGUAGUUUUC